GGUGGUAUUUUGAUAGAUGAAGUAAGAUGGGUCAGCCGGGAGAUGACGAUGAGAAGAAGAUCGAACAAGCAGAAUUCAAAUCAAAUUCCGAUUUAAGCGAUACCGAGACUCAGCCGGUUGAGAAUGGGGAAUUUUCUCCACCUCAAUUUCAUGAUGAAUUAGCUGGUGAAUUCGAACAUGAGAAUGAUUGGUUACAAUUUAUACAAGACACAUUGCCUGUGGACGAUGCUUUCCCAUUUGGAGAUGCAUUUGAGACUCAAAUGGUGAAUUUUGGUGAUGAGACCCAAGUAGUGGAUAUUACUUGCGAAACCCAGGUGGUGGAUCUUGGUGGUGAAACUCAAGUGUUGGAUGGCCUUGAUACUCAAGUUCAAAUUGAUAGUGAUGCUGGGGGUAGUGAUAAAACUGAGGUUUUGUCUUAUACCCAGGAGCUAUCUGAUGAUGACCCAGCAACAAAAGGAAUUGGUUGUUCAGAUGACCUUGAGAUUACAUUGGACACUGAACUUAGCAAACAAAGUGAUGGAGCUUCUAAAGCACAAUCCGAUGCGUUAUGCAAUGAAGGGCGUCGUUCGGGAUCUAUUGCGAGAACAUUUACUUCAGUUCGUGCAGCGUCCAUGAGAGCCUCUGGUUUGGCAGCUCGCAACAUGGCUAUCAAAAGAAUUGAUAGUAGUUCUUGUCCCAAAAAGUGCAACGAUUCUCUGGAUGUGCAGCCUGCUGAGAAAGAUAAAUCACAUAGUACUAGAGAUUCACUCAAGUUGACCGAUGAACUUAAUCAGAAACAUAGUAUGGAGGAUUAUGAUCCACGAAUCAAGGAACUAGGGAAUGAAAACACACGCAAGUUAGGUAGUUCAGCAGUGAGAAAACUCUUUAUGGAUGAGGUGGUGUCUGAGAUCGAACAAGCAGAUGAUGGUAGGAACGGUUCUGAUGGUACUGGAGGUGUGCCUCAGUUGGCAUCGGAACAUGAUUUGGCAGGUUUAAGUUAUGUAGAUUCCCAAGAACCUGGAGAUCUAUCUCAAGCCAAUGCACUUGAUGUCGUGGACAAAUUUCUUGAACUCAAUGCGGCUGGUUCUGAUCAAGAUGUUACAUUCUCAAAGUCAAACAGGAGAAAAUCAAGAUCUGUCUCUAGUGCAAAAGGGAUUCAAAGUUUGGCCAAGAAAGCUGCUGUUAGAAGCUCACAUGGAGGAAAGGGGAUUUUCAACUGGGAUGAUGAUCUCGAAGAUGAAGGAGGGGGAGAGUUUUUCCAAAAGAAAAGGGAAUUGUUCUUUGAAAAUCGUAGCCUGAGGCAGAGAUCUAUUCCCCACUCCACAAAACCUCUAUGUCUUACCUCCAAAAGUAGCUUAACCAUUCCACUUGAUACAGAUAAGAAGAAGAUAGUGGACAACACCAGAAAACUGAAGGAUGCAUUCUUGUCUGAUUCAAGGCUGUUGUCCAAAAAUUCCAGAGCAAAUGAGUCUUCAAAGCCGAGAAAGGCAAGCUUUAAAAAGAAUCUUCUACCAGAUAUGGAUGAAGAGAUGAGUGAUGCUUCUGUGGAGAGGGUAGUAGAUGCUGGUGCUCACAAGGAUUUGCCAGACAAGAUGGAUGUGGGUUUUGACACACAAAUGGCUGCUGAUGCUAUGGAAGCCUUACAAUUUGCUGUAAGUGUGAAAGAAAAUGAUUGUAUGAAUGGUGAUGAAGGUAUCACAAGCGUGACAAAGAGUGCUCGCACAGAUGACAGAUCAAGUUUUAACGAAAGCAUUACACAGAAAAGAACUUGUUCAUCAGAUGCUGAACUUAUUACGAGACAAUCCAAGAAAGCAAGGAGAACUGGUGUCAAAUUAAGUAGAGAGUCAUAUAGUUCAUCCGUUAAACAGUCUAAGAAUUUGAAAAGGUCAAAGAGGGCUAAAGCAAACUUGAAGGACUUGAUUACAAAUGGAACUGAAAACUUAAGCACUGUUUCUAAGGUGGUUGAGCCCAGAAAGGAAGAUAGAGUUCCAGCGGGAAGUGAUGUUGAUAAUAUUAAUCAUACGCUUGCUACUGCAUCUGCUGGUCGAAAAUCUUUGAAAAGACACCCUUUAAUUGAGGAACUUGGUUCUUUGACACCUAUUGCUCGUCGAACUAGGGCGUCAGCAAAAGCAAGUCAAUCAAAGGCUGAAAACAACUUGGAUAGUUCUAGGUUGGGAAAUGGUGUUGGUAAACUUAGACAUAACAAUGCGAGGAAAAUUGGACAAUCAAAUCAAGAUCGAUGCAGCAAUGUGAAAACAUUUGGUUUGGAAUAUCCGAAAGGGAGAAGGACUCGUUCGAAGUUGCCAUUGGUUAGUCAAGAAGCUGGUGCUCAAAACAUUACGAGGUUUAAAAGAUCAAAACGUGAUGUUACAAGCAGUUCUAUGAAUCGAGUCGAAAAUCAGGACGAGCGGACAUCUGUAAGCCAAGGUAAAAUUAUUUUGGCUGAUAGGACUGAUGUCGGUAGCUCAUUACAUGGAAAUUUGUCUAAUAUUCAGGAAAAUGUGGUUAAGUCUAUAAUAUCGAAUCAUUCAGGCAUAAAAAUAGAUAUGGAUAAUAGUAGAUCUGCUGAAGGGGAGAUUAUGAAUGGAAGUGAAGAUGCAUCACCCAAAGAUAGACGUAAAUCCGGGGCCUCUACAAGCACGACUCCUGUUAGUUUUACAACCCCAAUAAGUGCAGCAUCACCCAUCUGCAUGGGCGAUGAAUAUCAUAAACAGUCAUGUCGGAAAAAUUUGUUAGGGUCAUCUCUCAUGAAAGAACUUAAUAGUAGGACAAAUACUACCAGUCCAUUAUUUACAGGUGGUGUGAAGGACUUGAGGAGACGGAGAGAUAUGACUACUGUUCGAGCCAUGUUCAGUCGCCACCUGGAUGCAGAUACAGUUAAACAACAGAAGAAGAUUUUGGCUCGGUUUGGGGCUUUGGUAGCAUCCUCUUUGUCAGAGGCAACACACUUCAUAACUGAUGAAUUUGUCCGCACCAGGAAUAUGCUAGAAGCUAUUGCUUUUGGCAAGCCAGUGGUGACACAUUUAUGGCUGGAGAGUUGUGGACAAGCUAAUUGCUUCAUUGAUGAGAGAAAUUAUAUACUGAGAGAUGCCAGAAAAGAAAAGGAGUUUGGCUUCAGUAUGCCAGUUUCAUUAUCACGGGCAUGCCAGCACCCACUUUUGCAGGGACUAAGAGUCCUCAUCACCCCAAACACAAAGCCUGGUAAAGAAAUACUGGGAAGCUUGGUCAAGGCAGUUCAUGGUUUGGCGGUGGAGAGACUUGGAAGAUCUGCAUGGAAAGAUGAAAGACUCCCAGAUGACAUUUUGAUUCUUUCUUGUGAAGAAGACUACGAAAUUUGUGUGCCCUUCCUUGAGAAAGGUGCAGCAGUUUACAGCUCUGAGCUGCUACUGAAUGGAAUUGUUAUUCAGAGACUUGAGUACGAAAGGCAUCGUCUAUUCGUGGAUAAUGUCAAGAGAACUCGAUCAACAAUAUGGUUGAAGAAAAAUAGUUCCAAUCAGUAUCUCCCUGUUACUAAAAGCAAAUAAGUUUUUCUGUUUGAAAAAUCUUGUAAAGCCAGAUCCAAUGUACAGUCUCAAUUCAUUGUCUCUUCUCUGUCUUUUGGUUCUUGUAUCAUGUUAGCGUUUUCAUACUUGGAUAAGGUUGUCUUCACCUCGUCUA